GCGCAGCUCAGUGUCGGGGUGAAGCUGGGACGGCUAAGAUGGCGACCAGUAACAGCCUGGACCAGGUGUCGAGUGCAGACGUGGACCACAGUGCUGUCGCUGACAUUGUUGGAUCACUUGAGACACCUUUGACCGCGCCAGCAAAAACCGCAUCAAAUCAAGCAGUAGAUGUUAGUGCCGAGGUGGGCGUGAGUGUGGGCGUGACCGGGACUGUGCAAGCUAAAACAAACGGUGGUAAAGUAGGGUGUCGAGGGGUCCCGGCGGUCAGCGGAGGCUCAGCAGUGUUAGCAGGCAAGGCUGUGGCUCCUGCUGGCGCGAGUGUCGCUGCUGCGUCGCCACAGGUCCUGCAGGGCGCGGGGGUCCCGUCGGGGGUUCUGAAAGGGGACUGUGGUGCUGGCGCCGCCCUGCAGGGUGGUCCCCGCCUCCCCCUCAACGCCCUCAACAACGGGGCUGCGGGCGUGAAGCCGGUGUAUGGGGUGGGCCCCACGCCCAUGACAGGUGGCGCCCAGGGCACGCAGGUGGUGGUGAACGGGGGUGUGUCCGGGGGGGGCCACACAGGCUCCCCGCAGGCCAGCCUGCAGGCCCAGCCAGCUCUCAAGGGACUGACCAAGGUGGUGACCACGGCCGGAGCCGCGGGGCAGCCCGCUGUCAUCAUGUCCAAGCCAGGCACCGUGACCGCCGUGCCCUCGACCGGCACCCCCGGCACAGUGCCCAUCCCCCAGGGCAUGCAGAUCCUCAACAUGCGGCCGAACCAGGCCAUCAAGACCACGCAGGGCACGACCACACUCGCUCCCAGGAUGAUCCUCAGCCCUGCGCAGGUCCUCCCAGGGAUGCGUCCAGGACAGCCCGGGCAAAUCACCUUAGGCACACUACAAGGGUUGCCUCCUGGUGCUCAGGGACACCUGUUAGUCAAAACUGAAAAUGGCCAGCUCCAGUUGUUACGUGUCAAUGCUGCUGCUGCCCCGCCAGGUCAGCUGCCCACCAGUGUCACGACAACUACCACACUUCAGCAGGCCCCCACAACAGCAUACAGAUUCCAACAACCGCAGGCUGGCACGGUCGCUGUGAGGUCCGUGAUGGUGACGUCAGCAGCCGCACGCCCCAACACCAUCAUCCUCCAGUCACAAGCCAGUAAUACUGCUGCCAUAUCCACUGGGACAACCACCACCACUAUGGCUACACAAGCAGGUACUGCUGUGAACCCCACAACAGUACCUGUCACCCCUGGCACAACAGUGGCAGGUACAGUCGUACCCUCAACUCCUACCACUGCUGCAGCUCCUAUCACCCAGACAACCCAGCCUGCUGCUGCAACAGGAGGCUCUCAAACUAUCUCAGCCGAAUCCGCAAAAACAAAAUGUAAAAACUUUCUGGCAACAUUACUGAAAUUGGCGAAUGAGCAGCGGGCGACUGUGGCACGUAAUGUUCGAAAUCUGAUUCAGGGCCUCAUUGAGGGACGAGUGGAGCCUGAAGUCUUCACAGAGGAGCUUCAGAAAGACCUCAAUUCCUCCCCACAGCCUUGCCUUGUUCCCUUCCUUAAGAAAACUUUGCCGUACCUGCGUGUAUCCCUAGCGCGUGGAGAAUUAACUAUUGAUGGAGUGCGGCCUCCACCUUUAUCUGCAGUCACUCCUGUUACAGGUGUCACCACAGUCAUACCUGCGAUGUCUGUCGCGCGGCCUGGAGCUCCUACAACUUCUGGGACGGUUCGGACAAUUGCACCUGCUGCUGCAACAGCCACAACUGUAGUUCACCGACCAGUCAAUGCAACUCCCACACCUGCCAGAGUUGUGGGGCAGCAACAGGUACAGCAAGUUCGUGUUCAAGGCGGCAAAACUGUGGUAACAACUGUUAGGCAGAAUACAACUGCUGCCAGCAGUCCUGCCAGUACUACUACCAACACUGUACCCACAGCAACCAAAACUAUAACCGUUAAUAAGACAAUUCCUACCAAAGACAAAGAAAAAAGUAACAAAAACCAGCUCUUCACAUACAGCAGUUCCUAUUCUUCAAGUGGGGUGGCUGACGAUGAUAUCAAUGACGUGGCAGCCAUGGGAGGGGUCAACCUGGGAGAGGAGUCGCAGCGAAUUCUGGAAUCUACAGGAUUUGUGGGGACACAGAUCAGGUCGUGUAAAGACGAAAAUUUCCUUCUUAACACUCCACUGACUCAGAGAAUAAAACAAAUAUGUUCAAAAUAUGGUUUGGAAGAGGCUCCAAAAGAUGUCGUUGCCUUGGUGUCUCAUGCCACUCAAGAGAGACUGAAAACUAUUGUUGAAAAAUUAGCUGUCAUUUCGGAACACAGGCUAGAUAUAAUUAAGAGUGACAGUAGAUACGAAGUGGUGCAAGAUGUAAAAGGUCAGCUUCGUUUCCUAGAAGAGUUGGAUAAGUUGGAGAAGAAGCGCAAAGAGGAACAGGAGAGAGAGAUGCUAAUGCGAGCGGCAAAGUCGCGGAGUAAAUCGGAGGAUCCAGAGACUGCAAAGCUGAAGGCCAAAGCAAAGGAGAUGCAACGCGUGGAAAUGGAGGAAAUGAGACAGCGAGAUGCAAAUCGGACUGCUCUCAAUGCACUUCAGGGCCCCAAGAAGAAACCAAAGUUGGACUUGUCGGCAAUGGAUGACGGUGCAACUUUCAGUGGAACUUUCUCCCAAAAAUAUAUGCCACUACGACCACGGAUCAAAAGGGUGAAUUUGCGUGAUCUCAUGUUCCUUAUGGAGCAAGAAAAGGAGUUAUGCAAGUCCACAUUACUGUAUCGGUCUUACCUCAAGUAGUGUGCUGGGAAGAGCACCACUGGAUGGUCGUCCUUCAGCCCCGCUGCCACCACCACCAUUGCCCCGCCCCCAUAGUUACCAGCCCAUGGAUGCGCCUCUCCCUCUAGAGGUGUGGUACCACUGCCAGUGUGGGGCAGGUGGGGGAUGGAAGCCAAGUGCAAGGAGCCAUGCCGGAGAGGUGACGGCAAGCUCCAGCAAUACUGAGGUGUCAGCAUCAGCAAGGCAGAAGAUCUGUGAUUCUCUCAUGCAGCAUUGCAAGUGUCUUAAUUAAUUACAUGCCUGUGGCAUGGUAGCUCCACAGGGACUGUGAUAGGGCUGGAGCCUCCUGUUAGCAAUGCUUCGUAUUGUAAGGACAAAACACAGACUUAAACCUGCAGGAUCUGUAAGACUGCAGUGUCAGUGAACAAACUUGCGAGGUGCAGCAGUGAGGUGGAAACAUGUUAGGGUCACUGACUUGAAUUGGCAAGCAUGAUGCAAAGCCUCGAGCCCGUAAAUGCUCCAGCCCAGUCUAAGUGGACUUGCAUAUAGUGGCUUAUACACCAGUGAAGGUACAACCAAACCUUUCUUUUAUUCCCAAAAUAUAUAGUAACAACCCUAUUUUGUGCAUGAACUGUAUAAAUACUUCUUGGAUAGGAAAAUCUUCAAAUAUUUUUAUCUGAUACACAUUAUCGUUAAAAUGUUAACUGGAAAAAGAAAAAAAAAAGCUGAAAGGAACUUUCAUACACAGCCUCUGUAGAUAAUGUACAGUUUUUAAAAGAUUGAGGCCUUUUUCUGUUACUGUAUUGUUCUUGUAAAUUACCACAGAUAUAUGGUUUGUCUCUAGUGUACACAGAAUAAUAAGGUCAAGCACCUUGAGUGACAUUCUCUAGAGAUAUCACAGUCACAGAAAUUCAAAAUACACACUUGCAGAUGUGAAUAGUUACCCACAUGCAAACAGUGAUAUAGCAGAAGGAAUCAGACUGCAAAACACAAGCCUUGUAAUUCCCCUGAUCAUUUUCACUGUGACUCCAGAGCUUUGCACUCUCGGUGGCUGCCUUAACCCUUAUUUAUGAAUCCCUAAGACAGAUGCCAAGUCUGCCCCAAGGAAUGGAUGAGUGUUGCCAAAGUUCGCUCUGUGUGUGUGAUGCAGUGUGCGAUGCAGGCUUCAUGCAGGGAAUUAUGUAAACUAUGCAGAAAUUUAAGCCUCAAGUAGAAAAGGAUUUUUUGUGCAAUCAGGAAAAAAAAUAGUUUGAAGUUAAAUUGAAUUUUCUGUAAAUGUGUGUGGACUUGGAUUAUAUUGAUGAAUUUAAAGACCUCUACAAUCCACAUUUGUUUUUAUGUCAAAAGUGAUCGUUAUAUCCUCAAACCUGAUGCCGACUGGAAGGAAUUUUGAAUUGUCCAAAUUAUCCAGAUUUUGAGAGAUCUAAGAUAAGAAAAAAUUUGAUUUUUUUUUUAUCCAGUUUUUAAUUAUCUUCGGUAUUUAUUCAUUUUUUUCCUCAGACAUUCUUACCAAUACAAAUACUAUAGAUAAGAAAGACCUACAUGAAGCUUGCCAGUCUUGGGCUCUUGGAAAUUAUACAAAGGAUAAAAAUAAUCUAAAAAAAAUGGGCCUAUAGUUGCUGGGCUGUAAUAUUUAGUAAAGGAUUUCAACAUUCUGACCUUUUUUUUCAUUAUUUUUUUCUUUCUUUCUUUCUUUUCUAUCAUUUGCACACAGCAGUUUAAUGCUUAAAAUGAAUAAAGUAAGUUAGAUCUUGACUUGUUAAUUGGCAUGUAAUUUUACAAUGAAGGUUAUUUUGGCUUCUGUACCAAAUGAAGUUCGUCUUGUCUUUGUCUUAACUUGUAGUUAUAUUUUUAUUAUGAGGAACUUUAUUAUGUUUUUUAUCUUAUGAUCAUUAUUUUUUUUACGGUUUUUAUUUUGAAUUAGUAUGAGUGAUGUGUUUACCUAUGUGUGUGGUGUCUGGGGUCGGAUGUGCCGUCCGGGGAUAAGAAGGGCAUAUGUAUCCAGAUGACCUUAUGUAAUUUUUUUUAUUAUUAUUAUUAAUAUUAAAAAAAAAAAAAAUCAUAUACAGAGUAGUUGUUUUGUGUAUAUAUAGUGAAUUGAAAGUUUUAAAUUUAUUGAUAUGUGAAUCGAUUUGGCAUCUGAAUUAUAUUGAUGCCGAGUCCAAGAACCUGUAUCACAUAUGAGGAGUAUCAUUGAAUGUAAUUCUGGCCCCAAAUAAAUUUAGAAGACCGG